UUGUCCGCCUUACUUUGCACACGUACGGUACCGGUACCGGUAUUACCUAUUUCAAUUGUACAAUAUUUGGACGAACUCGAACACGUUCUUAUUUCUCUACAUCAUGGCAUCUGUAGAAAAGUUUGACACCGCUGUCAUUGGUGGAGGAAUUGCAGGUCUUUAUGCUGCAUAUCUACUGCAAGAAAAGAAAGAUAAAAAAGUAGUUCUGCUGGAAGCGAAAGAUCGUAUUGGAGGAAGAAUGGAUUCAGCUGUAUUGAAAUGUGCAGGUGGAACAGAUACUUGGGAUGUCGGUGGACAGUGGGUUGGAAGGACCCAGUACAAUUUGAUUGAAGUUCUUAAAGAAUUUGGUCUUGAAAUGUACGAUCAAUAUUCAAGCGGAAUCAAGAAGUUGAUGAUCCACGAUCCAACCAAUAUCAGGUCAUAUUCUGGUCUGAUACCGACACUUGGACCGCUGGAAUUAUUGGAAAUUCAUUACAUGAUGAAUAUGGUAUCAAAGAUGUGCAAAAAAAUAGAUCUGGAUAAUAUUACAACAGAUCCUAAUGCUAUGGAAUUGGACUCGAUGACUUUGCAUUCAUUUGUAACAGAGAAAUGCAGUAAUGAAGCUACAAGAGAAAUAUUUGAGGUUGCAAUUCGUAUGGUUUUUGGUGUUGACUUGAGUCAAAUAUCGAUGCUGUAUUUUCUCUACUACUGCAAACAGGGCGGAGGAUUUGAAACACUUCUUGAUAUAAAAAAUGGUGCUCAGGAAUACAGAGUCAAGGGAUCAGCAUAUCAACUUUGUGAAAAAAUCGCUGGCAGAUUGCGACAUGUUGUGCUUGGAGAUCCAGUCCAAUCUAUAAAACAGACAGAGUUAGAUGGAGUCACUGUGAUCACUAGACAAGGCAAAACAUAUCAUUGUGAUAAUGUGAUAGCAGCCAUUCCUCCACAUCUUGUGAAUCACAUUGACUUCAGUCCUCAACUUCCUUAUGAUCGGAUAAAACUAGGAGAGGAGAUGCCUGUGGGUCAUUUAAUCAAGUUUAUUGUUACCUAUAAGACUGCAUUUUGGAAGGAGAAAGGCAUGUCAGGAGAAACGACAGUCACUGGAGCCCCUGGUUCUAUCGGUCCUAUAUCCUGUACAUUUGAUGGCACAAGUUUCAAUGGAAAUCCUGCUAUUGUGGGAUUUAUCUGUGCUGAUCAUGCUAUUUACUGGACAAGAAAAACGAUGGUAGAAAGAAGGGAAGCAAUUUUACAAUCUCUGGCAACUAUGCUUGGAGAAGAAUGCCUUGAUCCAAUUGAAUACAUUGACAAAGAUUGGGCAAAGGAAUCAUACAAUGGUGGAUGCCCAGUUGGUGUAAUGAGGCCGAGGGGAUUGAUGUAUUUUCACCAUGCAUUGAGACAGCCUUUUGGAAGAGUUCAUUGGGCUGGAACAGAGACUGCCAGACUCUGGUGUGGUUAUAUCGAAGGUGGAAUCGAAUCAGCAAUUCGGGCAGUUUCUGAAAUCACAGAGCAGAAACCUUCUUCAGUUCAUGAAUGGAGAGAAUCGAGAGUAUUUUCAAACGAUUCAAAAUAUAUUUCAACUUUCCAAUCCAAGUCAAGCUAUUUGUGGAGAUUUGUCACAUUCAUGAUGCCGAUAACUGCUGUUUGCGUCUUGGGUUGGUAUGUUUACAAACAUAUGGACGAAGCUUAUUUCUGGUGAUGCAAUAACUGAUUUUAUCUGAUAUACAUGAUUUAUUGGUGCCUUCUUCAUUCUACUAAUCUUUUUUUUCUUCUCAUUUCUCACGCAAUGCAGUGCGAUAAUGUGAAUCAGUUUUAGCUAGAAUCUCAUUUAAUGUGCAAUCUUUUUUCCAAAGUUGUGCAUCAAUUAUUUUUGGUACUCUCGUAGUGUGUGUACCAGGUUAAGGUUGGGCCAUCAUUUUAUUCCGAUUUUACUAAUUUUAGUUCUAUUACGAGUUCGAGGACUGUCUGUGUUAGCCAAGUGAAUAUACCCCAUACCCCCUGCCCAUAUAUUUCAUUCCCUUUACUCACUUCUGGAGCACCAAAUAUUUUAUAUCUUUGUCUAAUGUAAUGCAGUGCGAUAAUGUGAACAUCUCCAAUAGCUUUGUUUAAUCUGUUUCAGCUAGAAUCUCUAUUAAUGUGCAAGUCUAUUUUUUGGUGCUCCCGAAGUAUUCGUACCAUGAUGGCGCACAACCUGAACAUAGUAUGUGUACCAGGUUAGGGUUGUUCAGGCUGUGCGUCAUCUUGGUACGAAUACUUCCGGAGCGCAUAUUUUUUUAUCAAAGUUAUUUAUCAAUUCUAACUGUAAUUAAUUCUUGCAAUAUUAGCACAAUAUAGUAGAAAAAAAAUUCUUGUGUUCAUAAUCUUCAACACUGUUUAUUCUAAAAAUAAUUGUUUGUCAAAUUUCAGUUUUGUAAAUUUUUUAAUUAUUAUAUUAUCCUAUGCAAAGUAUAUCUGUUUCAUAACAUGCCAAAUAAAUAUAAUUUUGUUGCAUUUAAAUUUAAGAAGAUG